AUGGGACACACGAGCUUGAAAUGUUGCAAUACAGAGUUCUUCCUCUAUAUUGUAGCAGUUGUGUUUCUAGUGUUGUGCGCUGGUUUGAUGUCUGGGCUCACGUUAGGCCUCAUGUCUAUGAGCAUUAUUGAUCUUGAGGUUCUAGCAAAAUCUGGAACGCCCAAAGACCGUCUCCAUGCUUCAAAGAUCUUACCCAUUAUGAAGCAACAACAUCUAUUGCUAUGCACGCUUCUGAUCAGCAAUGCUGCUGCUAUGGAGGCACUUCCUGUUUUUCUUGAUGAAUUAGUACCGGAUUGGGGAGCAAUUCUUCUUUCUGUGACAUUGAUACUCCUCUUUGGUGAGAUCAUACCACAAUCUCUCUGUACACGAUAUGGGUUAGCCAUUGGUGCAACUGUUGCUCCAAUUGUCCGCGUUCUUAUUUGGUUUUGGUUUCCGGUAGCCUAUCCAAUAAGCAAGAUUUUAGACUACCUAUUGGGGAAAGGACAUAAAGCUCUGUUUCGACGAGCUGAAUUGAGAACACUAGUUGACAUGCACGGUAACAAGGCAGGAAAGGGGGGAGAGUUAUUGCUUCAUGAGACAACUAUAAUUGCAGGAGCACUUGAUCUCACUGAGAAGACUGCAAGGGAUGCCAUGACUCCAAUAUCUGAAACUUUUGGUAUUGACGUCAAUGCCAAUCUCGACAGGGAUCUGAUAAAUUUAAUCUUGGAGAAGGGACAUAGCAGGGUUCCAGUGUACUACGAACAUCCAACAAACAUAAUCGGACUUGUCCUGGUAAAGAAUUUGGUGACAAUUAAUCCAAGAGACAACCUUUCUGUGAAGAGUGUAACAAUACGGCGUAUUCCAAGAGUUUCAGCGACAAUGCCAUUGUAUGACAUACUUAAUGAAUUCCAGAAAGGUCUCAGCCACAUGGCUGCUGUUGUGAAAAAGCACGAUGGCACGACCGAGAAAGAAAGCGCCAAUCUGUCGAAUGGGGUAAGAGAAGUGAGAUUGAGCAUUCCUGGAGAAAGCUUUUAUCAGAGGAAAAGCUCAAGGGCCAGACGAUCAUUGAGGAAGUCAAAGAGAUACAAUGCAAAUAUUUCACGAAGGGAAUACUCGAAAAGCAGAAGGUGGUCAGAGGAAGUUCAUCCUGCGAUCCUGCCAAUUAAGGAAAAAUCACUUUCAGCACUUUCAUCAGAAGAAGUAAUUGGGAUCAUUACCAUGGAAGAUGUAAUUGAGGAGCUUCUAAAUGAAGAGAUCUAUGAUGAGACAGAUCAUCUUGAAGCCAAUUCCUUGUCUAGACUCGGCCGCAUCAGCAUAGAUAAUUGACACGGGGUGUAUUCUUGGAGCAUCAAAUCAACGUUCGAUGAUGUUUAUUUAUGCAACAUUUCUUCCGUAGACUAUGAAUUGAUUGAUUUGCAUAAGUUAUUUCUUCCGUUAAUGAUGUUCAGUUAUGCAAUAUUUCAAUCCCUGACUUCCCACAUUAACACCUCCAACAGCCUCUGCUACUGUAGAUGAGAUCCACACAUAGCUUUGACUUCCCACAGGAACAUGUUUGGCGCUCUAACAAAAUAGAAAUUUUUCCCUCUGGAAACUUCCUUCUUCAUAGACAAGAUAUCAUUUACCAAAUAAAUAUUUCUUUUUUCCAGGAACUCAACUGGACAUGAAAUAAAUUGUCAAAAGCAAUAGAUCGAUGUUGAAAUAUCCACCUAUACCAGAUUAUACCUGUGUGUUCAUUUUGAGUUCUUCAAAACAGCUGAUGGAUUACACAUUUGAAGUUAUAUGGUAUCAGAUUACCAUUAUUCUAACAGAUUAGUUAUUUAGCUUGAAUUUAGCUCUUUGAUGAUGUACAAUAAGUUGGAUAAUCAUGAACAGAAAAUGAAUAGCUAGAUUACUUUCAAUAUUCAAAACAUAUUAUAGAAAGGUUAUGCCAGAAACUUGAGAAAAUUACAGGAAUCGAAUUUAUUUUGUGUGAUUUGUAAUUAGGGUUCUAGCUA